UUUGUUCGUUUUUUUCCUUCGAGAGCGCGCGCAGGGAUAAAGCGGAGGGUUUGUUGUCGUUGGGCAGCGGCAAUUCGGCACGGGCAGCCGGUUCGCGGUGGCUGUCGGUUCUGUUUUCUCCUGCGCCGUGUCUGGCUUCGUCCAGUCGGCUGCGGUACGUCCCGUCGCAAGUUGCUACCGAGCCACAUGGGACGAAGAACGUCCACUACGCUGCGUCGCCGGCAUGUAUGGAUGCAGCGGGGGCCGAGCUGCGCGACUCAGCGACGAGGAAGCACUUGAGCCCGCACACGCUUUCCGUCAUUAGCGCCUCGGGGACCGCGGUUGUUGUCAAGCUGCCGGCGGAGGCUGCGCUUUCUGCGGCGGCGUGCGGUUUGUUGCCAGCGUUCACGUUUCUACGGUUUGCGUGGGUGACCCCGACGCGCAGUUCCCGCUGCGACUGUGUUUCACGCUUACGCUCAAGAGCGCUCGACAAUCAAGUCAUCUUCUCGGCACCGCUUCACCGCUGACUGUGUGACUUUGCAGUGCGCGUGUUCCGUUUGAGUGUACGCGAUGUUGCGCGCUAGUCAAGUCUUGGUGGCCCUUCUCUUCAGCUUGGCGCUUUCGGGCGUCCUCUUCGCCGAGGCCGGCGAUGCGUUUCGCAGCAAGGUACCGCCGGGUACAAUUGAGUUGGAUCUCCUCAAGAUGCUGAACAUCAGUACACUGCACAAAGGAGUGGGCCGUACCACAGGCCCGAUCUCUAGUCUUCCGGCGUGGAAACUUUUCUCCGGUCUGAACGCUGUCCAGAUCCCUCUGGAGCCCGAGUCAAGCUUUCAGCACCAGCUGGCGAGCAGCGGAGCACUUUCAGCCAUCUUUGUCACCCGACCCAAUCGCCACAGCGUGGCCACAUUGUUCAGUAUUCACUUACCGGGAAAGAUGUCGCCUCUCGUGAGGGUCGCCGUCAAUUUUAGGACCCGGCGCUUUGUGCUUUCUUACACUGUGCCAGACUCUAUAGCUAUGCCUUUGUCAGACGAAGAUGAGGGAGCUGGCAAAGCAAGUAGACGGGACCUCGACAUUGCUGACGAUAUCAGCGAAGCAGAUGGCACUGAGCCGGGGGCCGAUGAUGCAGAUGAGGCCUUCCACUUGAACUCUGCUGACGUGCGACAUGUCAAGUUCAUGCUAGCUUCAGCUAAAGCACUCAAGAAGUCUCACGGCUGGACGUGGAUUGCUGUCACCUUGACACGAGAAAAAGUAACUUUGUACGAGAACUGUGAAAAACCAGUUGAAAUGGAGCUGGUACAUUCUCCAUUGCUGAGGUUUCCGAGUGAUGCUCUGGUCUACUUUCGCCAAGAACCUGGAUUGAAACGCAAGUUUGUGGGCUCGGUUCAAGUUGCUCGCUUGUACAGUAACCGCAUCACGUCGCGGCCGUGGAAGUGCUCGAGUACUGGCACUGCAAGCUUGGAAGAAUGAACUCGGCAGCCAAUGUUGUGCGAAUCACCCGCCAAGGGCUUCACAUUGUGAUGAGGAGUACCAUUCACGCACAUCCUUAUCAGAAAAAAAAAAACGUGAAGGGAUGUGGGCCACACGUAAAUCGCAAAUUUCGGUAGUAAUUAUGUGAAUAUUGGUCAAAAGUUGGUCGCUGGGACCAUUUUUGUGAGCAGAAUUAACAUGUGCCUGCAUUACAAUUUUCAUACAGUGGAAGCUUAAGGGAAGAUUGCCUAGUUGUAAGUGCUUACCUUAUAAAUGUGUUCUUUGAGUGGAAUGGGGAACCACAGUGCCAAGGAAGACGGUGAAUCAUUCCACUGGCUGCAAGCUGUGCUUAAGCAGCCUGACUGCGCAAAUGCUUCUGCUGUACAGUGUUGGAAAUAUUGAAGAAAUUGUUGAGUCUUUAGCUUGGUGAAAAUGUUUACAAUGAAGGUUGUGGCAAAAUGUGCGCACAACAUGUACACUGUAUUUCGUGCGGGAAAAUUCGAAAUUGCAUUUGCUUUUCGUUGACUGUGAAAUUGAAGCAGGUAGCGUAAGUAUAUCUGUAUGUAGUGAUUACAAAUCAUUAUUUUUUAUUUUGAAGCAUCUUAUGUUGCAUGCACGGUGUAUGAAUAUCACAGUUAUGCUGCUUUUUUAUUUGACUUUUAUACUAUCACAGUUUUACGCAACUGACAUUGCCUUGUUUUCAUUAGGUGUAAUAGAAGGAACAGAUAGCUUUUCCCAAUUCCCUGUCCUCUCAAAUAUCGGAAAAGCAAAGUAGGCAGUAUCCGAAACCCACAGAUCAAUGCUUGCUCUCUAGACUCAUCUAAGGGGGUUUGCUGCUUAUUUCUUUUGAAACAGUCAUUUGAAGUGAAAGUUAAUCUCAGCAUUGCGAUAUUCUUUACCAUUUCUUGAUAUUCGAGUCAUUAAUUCACUUUGUUUCGUCUCUAAGUGUGCGCAUUUAUCGCCCAAGAUCAAGUUAAAUAUUAAACGAUUCGCGAACCUCUUCGAACAUUUCCUUAACGUGCAAAAUUUAAAUAAUGCGCAGAAUUCAAAUAGUACUAUAAUAAUCUGCCUGCCGAAAGAUGUGAACUAUGGGCUGUGGAAUUUGAAAAAGUCUUAUCUGAAAAGGCUUAUCCUGCAGCUACCAGAAUAGGAAGCGACUGCCUAUCUCAUAUUUGUUUUCCUAGGCUGGCCAUACGACUAGUUUUUCAUUCAAAUUUCACAUAUGAAUUUUAAAGGUCAGUGAAACUGGCGUUUGUGUCAGCCGAUAGCUUUUGUGAUCACCUCCGUAUCCUUCUGCAUAGCUUACUGCGUGAAUAUCCGCAGAAAAAAAUCAAUCAUUCAGUACUUCUAAAGAGACACCCCACAUGGCAGACCAAUUCAGUAGCGAAAGCUUAGCCUGACCAAAUAUCUGGAAUAUGUAACGCAAUGUACUCCAUGUUUUGCAUGAAUAAAUCAGUCACCUAAGGAAAGGUCGGAACAGGGGAUUACGAGAGAAGAAAGAAAAAUUUAAAAGCCGCAAUUGAACCAAGACUUGUCGUUCGAACUGCUUGCUAGCUUUUUGCGUUCUUUUUAAGUGUUGUGAGCGAAUCAAGCAGCUAUUUCUGCACAGCAAGCAGUGGCUAUUGAAGGCGUGGCGACCGCCACUAGCUGGCACAUGUGCGACGCUGGUGUGGUGCACGGUACUCUGCACAUAUUGAAAGUGAUUCAAAGUAAGGCAGUGAACCGACUUUCCAGGAGUGCUGGAAAUGAUAGCGUGUUGUGCACUGUAUUUAUGACGUGUGUUUAGAAGCGCGUGUACGUGCUGCUUUAAGCGGUUAGAGAAAGUUAUCUACCUAAUCGGCCGUGCAAGUGACCGUCAAUUUUAAACAUUCUGCCGUCUGUCUUCGUAGUCCUUUUUUUGUGUGUUCCAAAGUUUCUUGGCGGCGGGCACUUAUUGUCAAGAAAAAUGCUACCUCGAGUCCCCACUGCCCUCUGUGGUUGUGGACAUUGAGGUAAAGACUGACUACUUACGUUUGAGUAUAAAGGAGUAAGGCACGUCGGCGUGUUGCAAAAAGUAACAUGAAUGCUCCAAAAAGUGUUUGUGAAACGGUUGCUUAUAGUUUAUUUAUCUUUUCGUGCCAUAGUUCUUUUUUUCACCCUUGUCGUCUCUACACAUAGCGCAAACCUGUGCAAUAGUCAUUUGUAAUGUAUUCGACGGUCAGGUUAAAAUAUUUUCCUUUCUUGAGCCAUGAAGUUCGACGGCUGCUUCUGACGAGCUUGUAACCUUUGUACACAGCACUUGACCAGAAAUUCUUGGUAAAAGUGUGGCAUAUUUAUACUCAUCUGUCUGCUGUGUGCCAUUGCACCUGCGCCCUCUGGCGUAUUCCUCCUAAGGACUGAGGAGGCCGCAGCUCAACGUUUAAGGCAGGCAUGCAGGUUCGACUUGUGCAACUUGUACAAAUUCAGGAUCGCGUGUAGAGGAACUCGUGUCGAAGUGAUUGUAGCACUGUGGCGUCCCGAGUCAAUGUGUUCGUGUACGUGGUGUAUGUAGUACAUGUUGAAUUGCUUUUUGAAGGUCAACAGGAAAAGCAGGCGGCUUGCCGGAAGACGUUCUUUCCGGUAAAUCUUUUUUCGUUUUGUUUGUUUGAUGCCGUCUUUAUGCAACGGAUGUAAAACUAGCUUCACUCUUGGACAAUAUUAAAACGACGUACACGACCAA